AUGCAGGACGGAUUCUCGAAGGAAAUCACUGACUAUAUCAAUAACCUGAUCGAAAAGUCGUCUCUUGAGAAAUGGCUGGAUGGGCUAAAGGCGAAGGGAGUGCCGGGAAUUGACACAACACUCGAUUUCAUCACGCAUCUCCGACAAUUGUCCGCGCUCCAGCAAUAUCUGGCAAAAGAAUUAACACCAUCUGAACAAGACGAGUUGGCGAAUAUUAGGGCGCCGAUUAGCAAGCUGGCUCGUGUUGUGCAGGAUCAAGUCGGGGCAAGCCGUUUCUUAUCAACCGAGACCCAAAAGGUGCUUGACAAAGUCAUUUGGGGCCUUAAUAGUGUGAAUCUGUUCUCAAACAUCGCCAAAAGCAAUGCGGAUCCGCUCGGGAAGUUGUACAACACGUUGGAAAAGGCGUAUCAGCAACAAGUUCGGAUUAAUGGCACCGAUAGUGCACGCGGGAACGCCGUCGCGGGUAUCAUCGAGGCAUUGGUGACGAUGAUACCGGAUACUGUAGACCUUAUCCUCUCGCCCAUCAUCAUGGGUUCAAACUACAAAAUGGCCACAAACACCUAUCGAUUUUUCCCGGUGGCUAUUCUCGACACGCUGCGUUCUGAUAUUGCGGUGAAGCAAGGUCUCACCUAUCAUGUUGCGGCUCACGAAAUAUACCAUGCCGUUUUCUUCGCUGAAAGGGACUUGCCGCAUGACAAAGAAAUGCUGCGCCGUCAGCGUUGUUAUAUCCAACAUGUGGAGAGGGUGGAGAAAGCGUUUAUCAACGAAGAGGAAGCCGUUGCACACAGCGGGGAUCUCACCUACGGAGAAGAUGCGCCAGACUUUGAGGGUCUACAAGCUUCCUAUAUGAUGCUGAAAGAAUAUGGAAAGUUGGAGGAAAAACCGUACCACGACCUCAACAUGACGCGUCAACAACUGUUCUUCUACACCUACGCCGCAACCCAGUGCAGGGACGACCAGUUUCGCCGCACCCCGCCUAAUCAGGCUGACCCCCAUUCGCUGGGCUAUGUGAGGAUAAACGCACCUACAUCUCUUCUCACCUCAUUCCACGAGGCUUUCAAAUGCCCGGCCAGCAGUCGGAUGCGUCAGCUAUAUCUGGCCGCCAACCACGACGAGUGCAAUUUAAUCGGUCAAGUCGCAAGAUUGCGAGGACCAAAA